AUGGGGUUUUUCCUCACUGAAGACUCUCGGGAAAAGGAAGCCAGCACUCGGCGCUCCCGCUGGGCCCGGCUCUCCGGGCCUCCGGGCCGGGCCACCAGACGGCUGCCAGGCACCAGUUCUGGUCCUGAGCGGACCCGGUCCCGGGCCACCUUCUCCACCUGGCAGAGAACCGAACCCGAACACGCACACGUACGCCCCACGCGCGGAGGGCCCGCAACGCCGCGCACAGACAGCCCCUUCGCGUCGGCGGCGAAACGCCCGGCCUUGUUCGCACCAAGAGGGGUCAGAGGUCACGAGAGGCCGAGGCCAAGGGCACCCGGCAGCAGAGCGCGGCGGGAAGGGGGCGCCUCACCGAGGGGCCGGGAACGGCCGACGGCGGGGCGCAGGGGCGUCCGGCACAACUCGGGAGCUGCUUUUCCCUGGCGCACAGAGCGCGGGGCCUACGGCCGCCGGGCCGCUGUUGGGACGAGCCGGGCGGGUCCCGAGCCGAGGGAGCGGAGUUCGGAAAACCGCCGCGAGUCCCGCGCCCACCCGGCUCACGCUUGGGGACUCGGCCCCGGGAGCUGCGAGGCCGGCCUGGCGGGACCCGGCCCCAGAGGCGCGAACGGAACGGCGUGGGUCGGGCGGGGACCUCGAGGGGAGCGGCCCGGGCGCCUCUUCCGCGGGUGGGCGGGCGGGCGGCCUGCAGAGGAGGGGGCGGCGGGAGCAGGCGGCGCCGAUUCCGCUCCGAGCGGCACUGGCCGCUUCGCUGCAGCCGGGGCUUCGGCGGGGCUGCGGGAGCCGCGCUGGUCGGGCCGCGGCGCCGCCCGUCCUCACCUGCCCGCCGGCCUCACCGCGGAUGGCGCCGGCGGCCGGGGCUGCGGCGUGCGCGCGGGCUGCUCGGGGCCGCAGUGGCGGGCGAGGGCGCGGGUGGCUGGAGCAACCGGCCCGCGGCAAGGACCGGCUGGCGGCAGGCGGGGCGCGCGGGGCCUGGGGCUCGGCCGAGACGGAGCGAAAGAGAAACGCAGCUCGGAACUGGCCCUUUAAGAAAACAUUCCGUG